CGCCGCGGGGGGGCUCAGCCGGCCCCGGCGCCCGGCUCCGCUCAGCUGUUCUCUGCGGCAGCGGCUCUGCGCGCCGCGCCGGGCUGUGCCGGGCCGGGCCGGGCCGGGCUGUGCCGAGCCGAGCCGGGCCGAGCGGCAGCGGCAGCGGCAGCGGGAGCAGCGGCGGCGGCGAGACCGGGCCGGGCGGAGCGCAGCGCGGCGGAGCCGGGCGGAGCCGAGCGGGGCGCAGCGGCGGCCGCGCCCGCAGGAGCCGCGGAGCGCAGCCAUGAGCCGCCGCGUGGUGCGCCAGAGCAAGUUCCGGCACGUCUUCGGCCAGCCGGUGAAGGCCGACCAGAUGUACGAGGACAUCCGCGUCUCCAAGGUGACGUGGGACAGCUCCUUCUGCGCCGUCAACCCCAAGUUCGUGGCCAUCAUCGUGGAGGCGGGCGGAGGGGGCGCCUUCAUCGUCCUGCCCCUGGCCAAGACGGGCCGCGUGGACAAGAACCACCCCUUGGUGACCGGGCACACGGCGCCGGUGCUGGACAUCGACUGGUGCCCCCACAACGACAACGUCAUCGCCAGCGCCUCCGAGGACACCACGGUGAUGGUCUGGCAGAUCCCCGACUACGUGCCCGUGCGCAACGUGACGGAGCCGGUGGUGACGCUGGAGGGCCACUCCAAGCGGGUGGGCAUCCUCGCCUGGCACCCCACCGCCCGCAACGUGCUGCUGAGCGCAGGCGGCGACAACCUGGUGAUCCUGUGGAACGUGGGCACGGGGGAGAUGCUGCUGGCGCUGGAGGACCUGCACACCGACCUCAUCUACAACGUGGGCUGGAACCGCAACGGCAGCCUGCUCGUCACCACCUGCAAGGACAAGCGCGUGCGCGUCAUCGACCCCCGCCGGCGGCGCGUCGUGGCGGAGAAAGCCCGGCCGCACGACGGCGCCCGCCCCACCCGCGCCAUCUUCGUGGCCGAGGGCAAGAUCUUCACCACGGGCUUCAGCAAGAUGAGCGAGCGCCAGCUGGGCCUCUGGGACCUGAGCAACUUCGAGGAGCCCAUCGCCCUGCAGGAGAUGGACACCAGCAACGGGGUGCUGCUGCCCUUCUACGACCCCGACUCCAGCAUCGUCUACCUGUGCGGAAAGGGGGACAGCAGCAUCCGCUACUUCGAGAUCACGGACGAGGCGCCCUACGUGCACUACCUGAGCACCUACAGCAGCAAGGAGCCGCAGCGCGGCAUGGGCUUCAUGCCCAAGCGGGGGCUGGACGUCAGCAAGUGCGAGAUCGCCAGGUUUUUCAAGCUGCACGAGCGCAAGUGCGAGCCCAUCGUCAUGACGGUGCCGCGCAAGUCAGACCUCUUCCAGGACGACCUGUACCCCGACACGCCGGGCCCCGAGCCGGCCCUGGAGGCGGACGAGUGGCUGGCGGGGAAGGACGCCGAGCCCAUCCUCAUCUCGCUGCGGGACGGCUACGUGCCCGUCAAGAACCGGGAGCUGAAGGUCGUCAAGAAGAACAUCCUGGACAACAAGCCGCCCCCGGGGCCCCGCCGCAGCCAGUCCGCCAGCGACGCCGGCCUCUCCCGGCCCGCCUUGGAGGAGGUGCUGGAGGAGAUCCGCGCCCUGAAGGAGACCGUCCGGGCGCACGAGAAGCGCAUCGCCGACCUGGAGCACAAACUCGGCCAGUUCACCAACGGCACCGAGUAGGGCCGCGGCCCGCGCCGCACCGCACCGCGCGGGGCCCAGGAGGACUGGACCAGCCUUACGGAAAGGGAUUAAAACCGAGUCCCGCAGGGGGA